AAUCCACUUCCCAUAAUGAAGGCUUCGCUUCCCCGCUUCUCUUUGCCACAGAAAAGCAUCCGCCCGCAGGUGGUGACUACCUUCGAGCUUCCAGGUUGCUAUGACAUGUGGACGGUGAUCUCGCCCCAGAAGAAAGAAGAGGUGGCUCAGGAAGAGGAGGCUAAGGAGGAAAAUGAGGAGAAAGAGCCAGCCCUGCCAGAGCCGGAAGAUGACGGGAAGCGGCACGGCUUCCUGAUUCUCAGCCGCGAAGACUCCACCAUGAUCCUACAGACUGGCCAGGAAAUCAUGGAGUUGGACACGAGUGGCUUUGCCACGCAGGGGCCCACGGUGUAUGCGGGCAACAUUGGCGAGAACCGUUACAUCGUCCAGGUGUCUCCUUUGGGCAUCCGCCUGCUGGAAGGAGUCAACCAGCUUCACUUCAUCCCUGUGGAUCUCGGCUCACCGAUCGUGCACUGUGCUGUGGCUGACCCCUACGUGGUGAUCAUGAGCUCCGAGGGGCAGGUCACCAUGUUUGUGCUGAAGAGCGACACCUACGGAGGCCGGACGCACCGCCUCACCUUGCAGAAACCGCAGCUGCAUCAU